AUGGCUGUCGUGAGAACAUCUCUGCAGAAAGUUGGAAUGUUUUUGCAGCGAUUGAAAAUGAUGGCCAUUUCCUCUCCACCUUAUCAGAAACUGCGUAAGUUGAGCUAUGCUGUGCUUCGCAUUGACCUCUUCAAACAAGGAGCUGAACCCACAGAUUUAUGUGACCAACGAAGCCUGAGCCUUUUGCUUCACAAUGCAGUCCAGAUCCCUCGGCAGCUGGGUGAGGUACCUUCAUUUGGAGGCAGCAACAUUGAACCAAGUGUCCGCAGUUGCUUCCAACAUGGCCAGAACAAACCAGAGAUUGAUGUUAAACACUUUGUAGAGUGGAUGAGAUUGGAGCCUCAGUCCAUGGUGUGGUUGCCUGUUCGACACCGUGUGGCAGCUGCUGAAACUGCAAAACAUCAGGCUAAGUGUAACAUCUGCAAAGAGUACCCACUCGUAGGUUUCAGGUGCCGCAGCCUCAAACACUUAAAUUAUGACAUCUGCCGAAGCCGUUUCUUUUCGGGACGCACAUCCAAGGGGCACAAGUUACAUUACCCAAUGGUGGAGUACUGCACUUCAACAACAUCAGGUGAAGAUGUGCGUGAUUUCACCAAGGUGCUGAAAAAUAAGUUCAGAUCAAAGAAAUACUUGGCCAAGCAUCCUCGUUUGGGUUAUUUACCAGUACAAACAGUCCUAGAAGGACACAAUCAUCGCCUUGGAAGCUUCAUCACGAUACUACUUUGCAUUUCUGAAGAGGGAAGAAGAAAUCAAUAUGCAAAUUCAAUUCCAUGGUUUUGGAAGUCCCAUUGAGAACACGAUUCAUUUGCGCCGGCAUAAUGCUCUGACCGAGAAAGAAUUGAAGCACAGGAUAAAACAAGGAAGAUGAGAGUGAGGAGGC